UUUAGCGAGGAUUUUAUUGGCUGAGUGGUGUGGCAAACACCAAAAAAGCGUGACGCUUUUGUGUUUUGUCACCCUUUUUAUAGUUUUAUAAACUUAGGAAAUCUGAGUCUGUAGUAGAUGCGGCUGCGUGUAGCUGUUUUAAUUUCCUAACUUAAAGGUGAUUUGUAGCGUUGGAGUCCAUGGUAACUCACGACGCCUAGUGAGAACACUAGGGUUAAAACAAGGAAGAGAACAUUUUCCGUUCUUCAAUAGUUAUGAAAUCCAGUGGAUCUGUGUUUACAAGGAAGAAUCCCUUCACACCUGCAUCCUCUGUGAGAAGAGCUCAUCAUCCAUCCCGCAAGCAAUCCCUGCCAAAGACAGAUAGUCCUGUGCAUCCCAGCCAGAGCUCUAGGAAACAGUGUCACUCCCAGAAUGGAGGAAGCCAACAGCUACAGGAGAGUCACGAUGGUGGAGAUGUUUUUACAGAAAUCUGGCCCACCACUGACUACAGGUCCUCUCCUGAAAUGCUGGCGUGCGAUCUGCCUGCCAGACCAGAGACAUCAACAGUUUCCUCAGGAGUUCAGGAUGAUUCCGUGAUGGCAAAACACAUCGAGCGCUUUGGCCACAGUCAGCCUCAGAAACGGCAGCAGGUGGCUGGAGAAGAGCAGAUGCCGUUUGGGUGGAUGUUUAACUCAUCAGUCCACAGUUCAACUCCUACUAAAGCAUCAAACAGUGACGGCAGCCCAGCUGGACCGCAUCAUGGUGACAGAUCCAUCAGCCUUUUGUCUGACUCGUCUCAGGGGGUGUUUGAUGACACAGAAAUACUACGACUUCAGGAGAAGGCCAGAACACUUCUGCUGAGAGGUGCUCAGAGCGAUGGAUCUGUUCCUGUCAGCUCUGACGGUCUGGGAUGCUCAGAUGUUUCCUCUCCAGUUACCGCUGACGAGCCGGUGCGACGACCUUUGAUGAAACCUUUUGCUGUCAGCUCAGACUCCGUUCAUGCUGCAUCCUCCCAGAAAUCUACCGUCCAUGUUUUGGGACCUCCCACUCGUCCCGAGGAGGACAUUUUGUUCCAGUGGCGUUUACGGAGAAAAAUGGAGCAAGCCAGAGAUCGGUCCUGGUUCAUCCCACGCUCCAAUCUUCAAGACCCUGCCUUCAACUGGCAGGCUCCCACUUUAAUCCAGCCUACAACCAGUGGACAGCCUCACACGCGUCUCCAGUUUCCUCAGAGAGAUGCUCCUCCACACAUCCCUGCUCCCCAAUCUGAAAUCACCAACGUCCACAGACAGAGGGACCCAGAUUCAAGUCCUCUACCGAUCCCGUCUGUUGUCAUCUCCACCUCUCCCCCAUCUCAACCCCACGUUCCUGCCCACAGGCAUCUGCUCUGCGACAUCCUUCCCUGCCCCAUCCACUCAUCCCAUGCUCAAGAGAAGCUAAACAUGCCCCAAAGAUUGGAUGAACCUCAAACUAAAGUCAUUCAUAAAGAAGUCCAAGUCCCUGAAAGGUCGUCGCGUGGAGAAAACGGGAGCUCCUCACCACACGUGUCACCUGGAACUGUAGAGGGAGAAGCACGCUGGCCCCAAAAAGUUUCUGAGAAGAGCAAAAGUUCAAGGGAGGCCGAUAGGAAGCAGAGGAAAGCAUCAAGGGCUUCCUUACAUCACAGAUGUUCAGAGAAAGUCACACCGCUGAGAGAGCAGCAUCAACAGGAAGGAAGUCGAGAGGUUUCACGUGAAAACGGAGAUCCUGAAGCUCUUCCCUCUCCUGUCCACGCUGCAUUAGGACAGGCAGUCUCAGAAGUUUUGUUUCCUGUGGCCGAUUCAUCUCCAGCGCAGAAGAUCCGAGUGUCUCUGCCUCACACGGUUCCCACUGCCUCGCACUCCCCUCCUCCUUCAGGAGCUGCACAGAACUCUCUAGAGGUCAUUUCCCAGCUUCUUCAAGAGGCUGAAGAUUCGGAUGAACACGAGUUUGAAGAUGAUCCUCUGUUAAAAGUCCUUCGCCAGCAGAGAAAAUGGGUCAGAGACCAGAUCGGUGAGGUGGACCUGAUGCUCGGUGAACUCCCGCAGGAGCAACAUCUCACUUAAACACUUUUUUAUUCCCAUUUUAUAAAGAAAUAAAGUUUAUUUAUGUUGGGUUUUCACAAUAAUACGUUAGAAAA